AACUAAACAAUAUUUGAUCAUAAAAUAAAUCGGACUCAGACGCAAAAAUACUUGGAUCCUUACAUUUUAUCGAACAAACGCUUAAAUUCGAUUGAAAUUUAUAGAUUUUUUUGAAGGAAAAUUACAUUAACUGUGAUUUAAUUAAGAUGGAAAUGCCAACAAUGGACUGGAGGGAUGAGAUGUUCAAAAUGCUAGUGGCUUUUGAACGUCAGGCCAUCCAUUCGUUGGGAAACAUAAAAUUGGCAUUAAAUCUCAGUGGCAAGUCAAUCAAUGCCAAUUUCAAGCAGUACUUCUUACAGGUCUCUAAUGCUCGGCUAGAAGAAGCUUACAAACACUUUGAAAUCAACUCGCAGAUUGAGGAAGAACCCAAUGUUCGAAAUAUGUUCGGAGCAUCAAGCUUCAAUUGGAAUGAAAAUGGAAGUCAAAUGGAAACCAAAGAAUCCAUUCGGAAGAUCGAUUACAUUGAAAUCGAUGACUCAAGCGACGAAGAGCACACCAACAUAUCACCAAAAAUGCUGGAACCUACUUCAGUUGAAUCAAUUCGCAAUUUUACAAUGCAGCGACCUACAACUGCUACUAUUACGGAUGGUGAAUCGGAACAAUUGAAGUUGAAGAAACGGUAUAAUUGCCAACUUUGUGAAUAUUCCAGCGAAAAAAGAUGGAAUUUAAAUACACACAUGCGUACUCAUACUGGUGAAAAACCGUAUCGAUGUGAUAUUUGCCACAAAGAAUUCGCAAGAGCGGACAUAUUAAAGAGGCACAAGGUAACUCACAUCAUACAAAUCCCGUUCCAUUGCCGAGGCUGUUUCAGUGGAUUUUCGCAGAAGGCCGAAAAAGAUGCCCACGAGAAAGUGUGCAAAAUGCGUCGAUAUGAAUGCCAUAUCUGCAAGAAGUAUGUCAGUGUCCAUAAAAAUAAGUUGAAACAGCAUAUACGUGUGCACAACAAAAUUUAGUCUGAAAGUACAUUUGGACACCAUCCACAACCGAAUCAACUCAUAAACUCAAUCGUUCAAGACAGUUUCUUUUAUAAAUUAAGUCCACUGAAUUGGUACCACAAUUUGUAAAACAAAAUUUUAAUAAUUAUCUCUUUGACAAUUUCAUGAUAUUCGAAUAAAUUGAAAAUU